GUUUAAUUAUGAUGUUUGGAUUUUCUCAACGAGGAUCAGAAGGACGAAUUAGACCGCGAGGAUACAGUCAAGCUGCUGCAAAUGAUAUAGAAGACCAGAACAAUAUUGUAUUAGAAGAUUCAAAUGACAUAGAAAACCAGAACGCUUCAUUAGAAGAUUCCAGGGGACAGGAGCUAUACCAGGUGUCUCGUAUGUCUCCUAUGCGUUGCAUCUACAGAGCUCCUCAACGACUACGGCAUAAACGUGAAGAGGCUUACACACCCAAGUUAGUCUCUAUUGGCCCACUCCAUCACGGCAAAAAAGACUUACUCCCCAUGGAGGAACACAAAAAGAGGGAUUUGGUGGAUGAAAACGACUGCGUCUAUGGUAAACCAAAUUUAUUAUGGGAUCUGUGGCCUGACAUGUUGUUGCUUGAAAAUCAAUUGCCAUUCUUCAUUCUCGAGGAGCUUAGCCAAGACUUGGAGCUCACUAAGAGGACUUCAAUGGUUUUUCUUUCUCAUUACUUCUUUGUGGACAAUUUAGUAAUGGCUAUAGAAGGAACGGAGGAAGAAAACGAGGAGAAAAUACGUUCUCAUCAACUAGAAGUAAAGCAUCUUCUUGAUCUUUUGAGAACGUUAUUGAUACUGCCAAUAAUGUUGAAAUCACAGGAUGGAGUGUUAGGUACUUAUGGAACUUCACCUACUAUGACAGAGCUACACCAAGCAGGAAUUAGCUUCAAAGUGGGAGAAAGUCGAGAUUUACUCGCCAUACAAUUCACUGAUGGGGUCUUGGAAGUUCCAAAAUUAACCGUAUGGGAUCAAACAGAGGUUGCUAUGAGAAAUAUCAUUGCCUUUGAACAAUGCGAAUUUCCUCCAGAAGUACAAUAUGUGAGUGAUUAUGUUGCUGUCCUCGAUUGUUUUGUGAAUACUGCAAAGGAUGUGGAGUUACUUGUCGACUGUGGUAUUGUUGAAAAUAAUCUAGGUGACAGCAAGGAUGUUUCUCGUUUGAUUAACAGCCUUGGAAGUGGGCUUAUGGUAGACCCUCAUCACUUUUAUUAUUCUGCCAUUUGUCAAAACCUGAUCGACCACUGCAAUUCGAGGUGGAACAAAAGGAUGGCAAAUUUAAGACAAAAUUAUUUCAACACACCUUGGACAACCAUCUCUGUCGUUGCAGCUAGUAUUCUCCUUGUACUCACUUUCAUUCAAACGGUGUCAUCUGUCAUCUCUAUUGCUUAAGCAUCACCGAUAAACCCUAAACCCUAAACAUUAGAUCGAGGUGACUCAUCAUUGGAGUUUAAAAUAAAUGAAGAAGUUCGAUCAGAUUUUGAUGGUUAGAGUGAAUGUAAUUUGUAUGUACGAGUGUGCAUGUAGGGUGAUAUCUAGUUUGGUUGAGUGAUUAAAACAAAGUCCUUGUUUAAUAAUUAGUUUCAAUAAGUGUGGUCAUGAGAUUCAUGUAUGCAUUGUUGCAGUUGAAUAUUGCAUCCUAUGAACUCAGGAGUUGUUAAUUAUGGGGUAGUCAUUCCAGAUUUUCAUGGUUAGUUUGUUUUGUACCCUCUAUU